GAACGUUUCAUCGAACUGCAGGAGGCGGUCCGCUGGACGGAGAUGAUUCGUGCGUCGAAAAACGAUACCACCCUAGACAAAAAGAGCAAACAGAGUAUUUGGAAAUUCUUCAGUAAUUUGUUUACGAGCUCGGACAGACCAACACGGCCGUAUGUUUCGCCUCAGCUUAGGUAUCAGUCUAACACGAAUCAAGUGGCGCCGGGAGUAGUAAGAACCGCACUUCCUGCCAGAGGCGGACAGGAUUUUUUAGAAACGGAGCUGGGCCAGGGUUCUGAACGAGUGCUGGCUCGGCGUGCAUUUGAAAGGAGAGAACAAUAUAGACAUGUGAGGGCGCAUGUGCGGAAAGAAGAUGGUCGGCUACAGGCCUAUGGAUGGAGUUUACCGAGUAAGGGAGGGUCGGCUAAUUCGGCGUCUGGAGUAAAGGCGUUGACUAAUAGUAGCCACAGCGUUCCUGUACCUGUUCCGGUUUAUUGUAGGCCUUUGGCCGAGAGUCAGCCGGGAAUGAAGAUUUGGUGCGCUGCUGGAGUCAAUCUGAUGGGUGGAUAUACCAAAGACGGAGGAUUGAUGGUCGGGGGUAGUGUGUUUUAUUCAGACGAAUCGUCGGUUCAGAACGAAGUAAAUAGUGAGGUGGAGAGUUUAGAUAAAGAAUUGAGAGCCAAUCGUGAGGCUGCCGUUCUUGAAACGAAACUCUCCUCGUUGGUAUGGAUAUGCACGUCAACGCAUAACGCCAGUAUUGUGACGGUAAUUGAUGCGAACAAUCCUGCCGAGAUCCUGAACAGUUUUGGCGUCUGCACGAAUCAUCUGCUGUGCAUUGCAAGCGUUCCGGGCGCAAGUCCCGACGACUAUUCUCCAAACGAUGAUGCUUACGAGAUGGUAGAACGAUCGGAAGUCGCUGUUAUUCCCGAAAACAAAACGGAAAAUGUCGAAGACGAUGCCAAAGAAAUUAUUGACGAUAGCACAAAAUAUGAUAGUGCCAAAGAAAACGAAAAAAAUGAAAUAAAGGAACAGCAGCAAGAAAAUAAACCGACUUAUAGGGUAACAUUUGUUGAACACAACGAAACAGUUUACAAUAGGAAGAAACACCGGUCUGAAGAAAAGUCUCAUGAAUGCGAACAGUCAAAUGAUAAUAGUACUGAAGGGGAUUCAUCUCCGAAAAAUUCCCCGGUUACUGAGAACAGUCCUGUUAAAUCUAAAGAGAAGAAUGAUUUUUCAAAAGAACAGGAACUUCGAGAACAUCGGGUCAUGUCCAGCGUAUUGGCGACCAUGUGGUUAGGUGCUCAAAAUGGAAUACUCUACGUCCAUUCUUCGGUCACGAAUUGGAACCAGUGUUUACAUUCUGUCAAACUAGACGACGCUGUUAUUAGCAUAGUUCACGUAAAUGGUAGAGUUGUUGUUGCUUUGGCUGACGGAAAGGUAGCAGUGUUCCGACGAAAUUCUGAAGGCGAAUGGGAUCUUUCAAAAUACCAUCUUGUACAACUGGGACCUCCGCAACAGUCAGUUCGUACCCUUUGUGUGGUUGGUGAUAAGGUGUGGUGUGGUUAUCGAAACAAAAUUCAUGUUCUCCACCCUCGGAAACUAGAAGUCGUUUAUUCUUUUGAAGCACACCCCAGAAAAGAAAGUCAGGUAAAACAGCUAGCAUGGUGGGGAGAGGGUGUUUGGAUUUCAAUUAGGCUAGAUUCCACUCUAAGACUCUACCAUGCGCACACCUAUCAACAUCUUCAAGAUGUUGAUAUAGAACCCUAUGUUAGUAAAAUGUUGGGUACUGGCAAACUAGGAUUUUCGUUUGUACGAAUAACAACUCUUCUGAUCUCGUCAAACAGGCUGUGGAUUGGCACUGGAAAUGGUGUCAUAAUUUCCGUACCAAUUAGUGACUGUGCUAGUGUGAGCGGAAGCUCUAGUGGGGCUAUAGUAUUACGAGGUAACAGUAUAGGCGUAGGCUCCACGCCCAGUGUUCGCUCGAAUGCUCUGCCAUGGAGCUACAUUCCAUUCUGUACCAUGGCGCAUGCCCAACUUAGCUUCCAUGGACAUCGUGAUAGCGUUAAAUUCUUCGUUGCUGUACCAGGGAGUGGCGGUAUGAGUGCUGCUUCUACACCCUCUGAGGCACAUUCUGCUGCAUUGUCUCCAAUCGGUGGACCUCCCAAGACUUCCAGUGUGAUGCUGGUUAUGUCUGGGGGUGAAGGUUACAUUGACUUUAGAUUGGGUGAUGGUGAAAUGGAGGAUAGUGUAAUAGAGCAACAGACAGCUGAGGAUCCGGAUGUCUCAUCUCAAAUUGAAAUAAAAGGGGAGAAGAGCCACUUGAUUAUAUGGCAGGUAUCGUUGGCUUAAUAUUCUUAAAAUUAAAAAAAAGAUAAAAAAACGACUUUUCGUUUUGGCUUUGUGAGAUUGGCAGGCAGAUGGUGUUUUAAGCACACAUGUAUAACACGUUUAAUAGCUUUAAUCAAUAUUUUUUUUAAUGAUUUAACCGGAUUGCUUUUACAGCAGCUUGUCCAUCAAUUUUUUCCAAAUUGACUAUGUAAUACUGUAGAGUAAUUUUACUAUUAUUAUACAAAAAUGUAAAGAGUAGUAUCAUUUUAUUUAUUAUUGUGUAUACUAGCAUAAAUUUGUAUCAUAUUUUAUUGCUUCAUAAUGUAAUUAUGAAUAGUUUGAAUAGUUACGUUGUUAUUUUAUUAUGUAAUAAAUUAUUAUUUAUUAUACCGUAUAUAUUGAA